AUGGUUUUCAACAAGUUGAUUUCAUUUCAAUUGGAUUAUGCGCCGCAAUAUCACCUAACCAAGUAUAUAUCGAGCCGAACAAGACUCCAAUUAGUCCAUGUCAACCACAAAUCAUCACCUCUAGUGCAGGGAUACUUUGCAGUAGCUACAGAAUGUCCUACGGACUCGGGUGCACCUCACACUUUGGAGCAUUUGAUCUUCAUGGGCUCACAACAGCAUCCUUAUAAAGGUUUGUUAGAUACCGCCGGUAAUCUGUGUAUGUCAUCCACUAAUGCCUGGACUGCAACUGAUCAGACUGUGUAUACGUUGACAAGUGCAGGCUGGCAAGGUUUUAAACAGUUGCUGCCUGCGUAUUUGGACCACAUUUUAAAUCCAACACUCACUGACGCAGCAUGCUUGACUGAAGUUUACCAUGUGGAUCCCGAUGAUCUGAGUGACAAAGGGGUGGUUUUCAGUGAAAUGGAUGCCAUUGAAUCCCAGAGUUGGUUCGUCACAAUGCUAGAGAAGCAAAGACUUAUGUUCCCCGAAGGAAGUGGUUACAGAUCUGAGACGGGAGGACUAACACCUAACUUAAGACAGAUAUCUAAUGAUGAAAUCAGGAAAUUUCAUAAGGACGCCUACUCACCUGAUAACCUCUGUCUCAUUGUCAGCGGUAACGUUCCGGAGGAUGAACUCUUGAAGAUUGUCCAAGAGUGGGAUGAUACUUUACCCACUUUUGAGUUUCAGGAUCGCAAGAGACCAUUCCUUGAUAACCAGGCAUCUCAAAUUCCCGAAAAAUUGCCCAAGACAUCUGAAUCGGUUGUCGAGUUCCCAGAGCUAGACGAAAGCCAAGGUGAGUUACUAUUUUCAUGGAUCGGUGAAUCAUAUCACUCUUAUGUGAAUGACCUGGCAAUCACAAUGAUCUUGGAAUACUUUACUGAAACAGCUUUGGCACCGUUCACCAAGCAGCUCAUUGAGAUUGAUGAUCCUUACGCAAACUCGGCUGAUUAUUGGACCGAUGAUUUUAUGAGAACUAUCAUCAACAUCGGUAUACAUAGUGUUCCGACUGAAAAGAUGGAACAGACCAAAAGCAAAGUUCUUGAAGUGCUGAGUACCCAUGAAAUUGAUGUGGCUAGGAUGCGCAAAGUUGUCGAUAACUAUAAAUGGGAUUUUGUGCUAAAGUGCGAAAAGAACGGUGAUACCGUCUUGUCACAAGCCGUCAUCACUGACUUUAUUUAUGGAGAUGAGUACGGUCAUUCUUUGAAGAGAUCGUUGGAAGAUCUAAAAGACUUCGAAGAUCUGGAACAAUGGUCUCAAGAAAAGUGGCAAGAGCUGUUACGUCGUGUAUUUGUUGAACAAAGUCCCAUUAUCGUCCAGGGGAAACCAAGUUCGAAGAUGUACGAAGAAUUACAAUACAAUAGGGAAAAGAUUCUUGAAGAACGUCAGAAAAAGUAUGGUGAGCUCGAUAGAGCCAAACUGCGCGAAACUUUAGGAAACGCUAAAAUUCAGAAUGAUAAACCUAUACCAGAGUCUUUGCUAAAGAAAUUCACCAUUCAAGAUCCAAGCAAGAGUGUUGAUUUCCUCUCCACGAAAAGUGUUACUACUAUCAAGGAUUUUGAGUACAACGACCCACACGACGAUAUUACUCGUCAUAUAAUAAGCACAAAGCCACCAAAUUUUCCGCUUUUCAUUCAUGUUGAACAUUAUCCUUCACAGUUCGUCGAAGUGCAUGCUCUGCUCAAUACAAAUAACAUCAAAGAUACUUCCUUGCUGCCUUUCUAUCAUGUUCUGGAAGAGCUCUUCUCUAUGCCUAUGGAAGCAGAGAAGGGCAAAAUUAUACCGUUCGAAGAAGUGGUAUCACGUCUGCAAGCGGAAACUGUUGGCUCUGAGGUCACUCUUGGUUUAGCAAGUGUGGCUACCGAUCUAAUUGAUAUUAAAAUUGGAUGCAAAGCUGGAAACUACACUAAAGCUGUAGAGUGGAUAAAACACUGUCUCUUCGAUAUGAUUUUUGAUGAGAAGCGUGUAGCAGUUCUUUUGGAUAACUACUUGGCAUCUAUUGUGGAAUUAAAAAGAGAGGGUGAAGUCAUGUUGGAGUCGUUAACAAGCAGGAACUUGUAUUCCACAAGGUCCUUGAAAAAGUCCGCUGACCCUAUCUAUGUCGAAAGUAUUCUUGAGCAGAUUUUGGACGAUAUCAGAAAUGGUCAAUACGAAACAAAAAUUUUGCCAAGACUCGAAACUGUGAGAAGCCAGUUAAGAUCUAACUUCGCCAAAAUAAGCUUAUUAGUUUUGGGUGACGUGCACAAAAUAACUCCCGAUAUUUUCACUCCAUGGAAUUCAUUGAUUAAAAGAUUGGACAACAUUCCCGCUAACUAUCAAGUAAAAGUCCCACCAGUGCCAAAACUAUUGGAUGCCACUUCUGCUUUAUGCAAAGAGCCCAAGGAAAAAGCGUUUAUCAUCACAACUCCAGCUUCUGAGUCUUCUUACAUGAACGUCAUUACUUCAAUACCGUUCAACAUGGACUAUCGCCAUCCUGACUAUGCAAUGGUUUCUUUGGCUUCUGAAUACUUACAGUGUGUCGAAGGACCAUUCUGGAAGGGUAUUCGUGGUGCGGGCCUUGCUUAUGGUGCAAAUAUGAUAAGAAUGCCAGAAGCUAAUUGCUGGGGUUUUAGCAUAUAUCGAGGCUCUGAUAUCUUGAAAUGUUAUCAAGUGGCAAAGGAGAUUGUUGGUCAACACGCGUCUGGUAUCAUAGAGAUCGACAAACUUCUACUGGAGGGAGCCGUCAGUAUGAUUAUCAACAGGAUUGCUAUGAUGGAGAAUAGCUAUGCGUCUGCCGGUGUUGCGAACUUCACCGAUAAUUUCAUAUUGAAGAGAGGACCAAACUUUAAUGAACAUCACAUUCGAAGGUUGUCUCAAGUUACUGAGAAAGAGCUCCAAGAUACAAUGAGGAAGUAUUUUGUCAACCUUUUCAAUAUGAACAGUAGUGCCGUUUUCAUUAGUUGCCACCCAUCCAAACUGAACUCUAUACAGGAAUUCCUGGAAAUGGAGGGCUUUACAGUUGAAGUUGAGGAACUUGAAGAAGAGGUCGAUUCAGAGGAAGGUUCAGAAGGGGAUUCUGACGAGGAGGACUAG